UUUCCAGGCUCCCCAAAGCCAGCCCCCUGCUCGGGAUUGGUCCCGUUCAGGACGCUGAGGGGCACUGGGCUCUGGUGGCGGAGCCUGGAACAGACAGGCAGCGGGCUUUGCCACGGCCCUGUGGGUCAGAUCUGCUGCUCAGCACAGUUCCCUGAGCCUUAGGAGCGAUCCCAGACGUCUGCGCCCCGGGACACCUACGAGCCUACUCCAGCGCCUGCCACUCUUGUGCGCCGCGUCCGGCAGCUCAGCGAGCUCUCCAGGCGGCCUCACGACAGAGGACGAGCCGUCGUCUGCCAAAUUUUCAGGACAGCUCAGGGCUUAGAAGAGGGCUCAUCUAAAUAAAGGCCGGCUAAAGUGACAUUGUGCGGAUUUAAUCCUCUCGCUGCCUGUGUGACCAGAGGCUGACUUACAAGACUCUUCCUUUCUUGGAGUUCAGAUUAUUAAGUCCCCAGGGUCCUGCGAUUUGACGGCAAGAGAAACACAAUAUGAAGGUCAGCGACGAGCACCCGCUGCGGGGACUCGGGGGCCUCCAAAGGGCUUUUGCACUCUGGAGUGCGAGACUGCCCGGUCGCACAGGGAAAUAAAACGGAGCCUUUGUCCCCCAUCGCAGCCACUUAGACGACAGAACAUCAGAUUCCACCUCUGCAUCUAGCUUCCCCAGCGAGUGCUUGGAAAGCUGAGGUGAGUGAGGGAAGGCGUGAAGGGCCAGGAGUGAGGCCCCGCUGGAAUUUUGCUCACUCUCAGAGCUCUCAUGGACGCUGCUCCGGGAGACCUCAGCUCACAUCUGCCUGCCUUACAAGUUGCCCUGACCGUGGCUCUGGGCUGAGAUGGACACAUGAGCCUGCGUGGACGAUGACUGCGGUGUUUGUGAAUGGAGGCGGCCUGGUGCACACACACUGUGACAGGUGGGACCGGCGGGACAGCACGGAGAGCAGCUGUCAGACCGAGUGCGCCCAGGAGGGCGAGGAGGACCAGCCCCGCCACCUGACGCCCUUCGAGAAACUAACUCAGGACAUGUGCCAAGAUGAGAAGGUGAUGAGGGAGAUCACGUUGGGCAAACGCAUAGGCUUCUAUCGAAUUCGAGGGGAGAUCGGGAGCGGAAACUUUUCCCAGGUCAAGCUGGGGAUUCACUCUCUAACCAAAGAAAAAGUGGCCAUUAAGAUUCUGGACAAGACCAAGUUAGACCAGAAAACCCAAAGGCUGCUCUCCAGAGAGAUUUCCAGCAUGGAAAAGCUACACCAUCCCAAUAUCAUCCGCCUUUACGAAGUCGUGGAAACCCUGUCCAAGCUCCACCUGGUGAUGGAGUAUGCAGGAGGCGGGGAGCUCUUUGGGAAAAUUAGCACCGAGGGGAAGCUUUCUGAACCAGAAAGCAAGGUCAUCUUCUCCCAGAUCGUGUCGGCCGUGAAGCACAUGCAUGAAAACCAAAUUAUUCACAGAGAUCUGAAAGCGGAGAAUGUGUUCUAUACCAGCAGCACAUGUGUGAAGGUGGGAGAUUUUGGAUUCAGCACCGUAAGUAAAAAAGGCGAAAUGCUGAACACCUUCUGUGGGUCUCCACCCUACGCCGCACCCGAACUUUUCCGAGAUGAACACUACGUUGGUGUUUACGUGGAUAUCUGGGCCUUGGGUGUCCUUCUGUACUUCAUGGUGACAGGUACGAUGCCAUUUCGAGCAGAAACGGUGGCCAAACUAAAGAAGAGCAUCCUCGAGGGUACCUACAGCAUCCCCCAGCACGUGUCAGAGCCCUGCCACCGGCUCAUCCGAGGAGUCCUUCAGCCCGUACCCACAGAGAGGUAUGGGAUCAGCUACAUCAUGAACAACGAGUGGAUGCGAGGGGUGCCGUACCCCACCCCUUUGGAACCUUUUCAACUGGACCCUAAACAUUUGUCGGAAACCAGCACCCUCAAAGAAGAAGAAAGUGAGGUGAAGAGCACUUUAGAACACUUGGGGAUUACAGACGAGCAUAUCCGGAAUAACCAAGGUAGAGAUGCUCGGAGCUCCAUCACAGGGGUCUACAGGAUCAUCUUACAUCGCGUGCAAAGAAAAAAGGCUUUGGAAAGUGUGCCAAUCAUGAUACUACCAGAACCUAAAGAAAGGGACCUAAAGAAAGGCUCCCGGAUCUACAGAGGCAUAAGACACACAUCUAAGUUCUGUUCAAUUUUAUAAAUGAUAUCAGACAGCUGGCAACUAACCACAAGUUUCUGCUUUUAACUUUUCUCAUAGACAA